AUGAAGGUCAAUUUCUACAAUGCAAAAAAACUAAAGUACUUGAACACUCUCAGCUCUGGCAAAGCCAAAAGAAACUCAAGAGGUGAGAUCAUAAAGGCAGCACCGUUUCAAUCUAAGGAUGCAUCCACUGGCCGGGUUGAGCCAGCCAGAGCUUGGUUUACAAAUACGAAGACCGUUACACAGAAUGAGCUAGAGGAAUACAGAAACUCAAUCAAGACAAAGAGUCCAUACGAUGUUUUGCUAAGUGUGGGGAAUGUGCCAUACUCAUUGAUUAACAAUGAGGUGAAAUUGAAGAAAAAAGCCGACUUUUCGAGCUGUUUUGGGAGCAAAAACCAGUCAAAGAGGCCAAAGCUCCAAUAUAAAAGUCUAGAGGAAAUGGUCAAUAGAGAAAAUCCAGUGCAUAAAGAAGCAAUCCAUAGAAAUGAUAAAAAUGUAAAAGGGCAGAGCCACAGAAUCUGGAACGAGUUGUACAAAGUUAUUGAUAGCUCUGAUGUAGUGGUGCAUGUCUUAGACGCAAGAGAUCCACUUGGAACAAAAUGCAGCCAGAUUGAAGAGUUCCUUAAAACUAAGGCACGGCACAAGCACUUAAUGUAUGUCCUAAACAAGGUUGAUCUAAUCCCAAAGGCUGUAACAGCUCAAUGGCUAAGGACUUUGAGCAAGGAACAUCCCUGCUUGGCUUAUCACUCAAAUUCAUUGGACAACAACUACGGCAAGGCCAAUCUAAUGAAUGUGCUUAGACAGUUUAAGACUCUCUACAAGAAGGAUACUCUGAGCAUUGGGUUUGUUGGGUAUCCCAAUACUGGAAAGUCCAGUAUUAUCAAUACUCUGAGAAAUAAGGCUGUGUGCAAAUCGGCCCCCGUUCCAGGAGAAACAAGACAUUGGCAGUACAUCGCAUUGAUGAAAGAUCUCUACCUGAUAGACUGCCCUGGCGUUGUGCCAGUUUCAGAUUAUAGAAUGGCAGUAUUGAGGGGUGCAAUACGCAUUGAGAAUGUUGAGGAUCCUGAAGAUCUGAUACCCGAUGUUAUUAAACUGACAGGAAAAGAAGCCGUUGAAAAUUGCUAUGGGAUUCCAUUUGAAAGUCUUGAUGAUCUGUUUGUGCAAAUGGCCAGUAGAUUUGGGAAAGUAACUAAAGGGGGAGAGCCUAACAUUGAUCUUAUCUCCAAGAUGAUUCUUCAUGAUUUGCACAGAGGAAAGAUCCCAUAUUUCACCCUACCACCUGAGUCCAAAGCUUAA